GCAGUCGCGCGCCGGCCGCUGCCACGAUAAGGUGUGUUUGUGUUUACGUUCGUCGCGAUGAAAAUUCGUCCGCCAUAGAGGGGUUAUGUUUACGCGUGCCGCGGGUACCCGAAGACCGACCACGCAUGCCCUUCUGUGUCCACCUUUCCGAAAAUCAUCCGGCGAUCGUCGUCACGUGUCGAUUAAUAAAUCCUUCGUUUCGAAUCGAAUACGUGCCCUACGAUACACGGAUCUGCUCGGCGACACUUGACAUCAGCCAGUGGACACUUGGUAAAUGCACGCAGCUCGAAACGGCUACGUCGUCUUCGUGUGUGCGGAGCCUCGCGAUUAGUAGUGCGGUGAGGUGCUAGUGAGAAAAGGGCCAAGCAGGAGAGAGGCCGCGACGGUGGGCAUUCGCGAUGAGCUAUGAAUUUGGGCUCUCUGGUGGCCACCAUCUUUGUGCUUCAGCUGCUCCAGCUGCCGUUCAACGUCGCGACGCUUCCCUCAGUCGUCAAAAUCGGUGCUAUAUUCACUCAUGACCAAAAGAAUAGCAGUACGGAGCUGGCCUUCAAGUAUGCCGUGUACAAGAUCAACAAGGACAAGCUCAUUCUGCCGGAAACGACGCUGGAGUACGAUAUACAGUACGUGCCAAAAGAUGACUCCUUCCACGCGUCGAAGAAGGCGUGUCAACAGGUCAAGUACGGCGUGCAGGCGGUGUUCGGCCCGUCGGAUCCGAUCCUGGGCCAGCACAUUCACAGCAUCUGCGACGCACUGGACAUUCCACAUCUGGAAGCCAGGCUGGACCUGGACACGGAGGCGAAAGAGUUCAGCAUCAAUCUCUACCCCGCACAAAGUUUGCUCAACGCCGCUUAUCAGGACAUCAUGGAGUUUCUCAACUGGACCAAGGUCGCCAUUAUCUACGAGGACGACUAUGGUCUGGUAAAACUACGAGAGCUCGUCAGGUCGCCGAAGUCUCGGGAGAUCGAGGUUAACCUCAGGCAGGCCGACCCGGAUUCCUACAGGCAGGUUCUAUCCGAGAUGAAAAGCAAGGAAAUACGGAAUCUCAUCGUAGAUACCAGGCCGGAGCAUAUGCAUCAUUUUCUGCGAAUGAUCCUGCAGCUGCAAAUGAACGAUUACAAGUACCACUAUCUGUUCACAACUUUCGAUAUCGAGACCUUCGACCUCGAGGACUUCAAGUACAAUUUCGUCAAUAUCACUGCCUUCCGCUUGGUCGACGCAGAGGACGUCGACGUCCGGGGUAUCCUUAGGGACAUGGAACGAUACCAGCCGUCCGGGAACACGAUCCUCAACAAAUCCAGAGUUAUACAGGCGGAACCCGCGCUCAUGUACGACAGCGUGCAGGUGUUCGCGGUGGGAUUAAGGACCUUGGAACUAUCGCACGCGCUCAGGCCAGCGAACAUCUCCUGCGAGCUAGAACGCUCCUGGGACGGCGGCUUGUCUCUCAUUAACUACAUCAACUCGGUUAAGAUGAAAGGUAUUUCCGGGCCCAUCGAGUUCACGGAGGGACGGAGGAUUCAGUUCAAACUGGACCUGCUCAAGCUCAAACAACAUUCUCUGGUGAAGGUCGGCGAGUGGCGUCCAGGCGCCGGCGUCAACGUGACGGACACCGUGGCCUUCUUCGAGCCAGGAACAGCGAACGUGACUCUGCUCGUGAUCACGAUACUGGAAAUUCCGUACGUGAUGAUGCACUACGAAAAAAACUACACGGGGAACGCGCGAUUUUACGGUUUUUGCGUGGACCUGCUGGAGGCGGUGGCGAGGGAGGUCGGCUUCUCUUACCGGUUGGAGCUGGUACCGGACAGGAAGUACGGCGCGAAAGACCCGGAAACCGGGGAAUGGAACGGCAUCGUCAGAGAACUCAUGCGACAUGAGCAGCCGUACGUAAUGCUGAAGAGCAGAGGGAAUUUCAGCGGGAACGCACGUUACGAGGGCUUCUGCAUCGACCUACUCAAGGAGAUAGCUCACAUGGUGGGCUUCGCCUACAGGAUCGAGCUAGUGCCGGACGGCAAGUACGGCGUUUACGAUUACGGGACCGGCGAGUGGAACGGAAUCGUACGCCAGCUGAUGGACAAGAAAGCAGAUCUGGCGGUCGGAUCGAUGACCAUCAAUUACGCCCGUGAGAGCGUGAUCGACUUCACGAAGCCAUUCAUGAACCUCGGCAUCUCGAUCCUCUUCAAGGUGCCGACGAGUCACCCAGCCAGGCUGUUCUCGUUCAUGAAUCCCUUGGCGAUUCAGAUUUGGCUGUACGUGCUGGCAGCGUAUGUCCUCGUCUCGGUGAUGAUGUUCGUGGUCGCAAGGAUCAGCCCGUACGAGUGGAACAAUCCGCAUCCCUGUCACGCGGGCUCCGAGCUCGUCGAGAAUCAAUUCUCCCUGGCCAACAGCUUUUGGUUCACCAUCGGCACGUUGAUGCAACAAGGCAGCGAUCUCAAUCCCAAGGCGACCAGCACACGGAUCGUCGGGGGUAUAUGGUGGUUCUUCACGCUUAUCAUUAUCUCUUCUUACACGGCCAACUUGGCCGCGUUUCUCACUGUCGAACGAAUGAUAACGCCUAUUGAGAACGCGGAGGACCUCGCCGGUCAAACUGAUAUCUCAUACGGGACCCUGGACAGCGGUAGUACCAUGACAUUCUUCAGGGACUCGAUGAUCGAGACGUACAAGAAGAUGUGGCGGUUCAUGGAGAACAAGAAGCCAUCCGUGUUCGUGCCGACAUACGAGGAGGGGAUCCAAAGGGUUCUUCAGGGCGAUUACGCUUUCCUGAUGGAGUCGACUAUGCUCGACUACAUCGUGCAGAGGGACUGCAAUUUAACGCAGAUCGGUGGACUCUUGGAUAGCAAAGGAUAUGGCAUUGCCACGCCUAUGGGCUCGCCUUGGCGUGAUAAAAUAUCCUUGGCGAUCCUGGAACUACAGGAGAAGGGAGAGAUUCAGAUAUUGUACGACAAAUGGUGGAAGAGUCCCGGUGAUACUUGCAUGAGGACUGAGAAGGGCAAGGAGAGCAAGGCCAAUUCUUUGGGAGUUGAUAAUAUAGGUGGUGUGUUCGUUGUGCUGCUCUGCGGCUUGGCGUUCGCCGUGCUGAUCGCGAUCUUCGAGUUCUGUUACAGUAACAGAAGGAGCAUGCCAGCGGAACGGAGAGCUCCGGUAUCGACGCCAGCGUCGGAUCCCCUGCAAGGGAUCUCGCAAUCCGUGCAGCAGCAACAGCAACAGCCGCAACAGCAGGAGGAGCAGCAGCAAAAUCAGCAACACCAGCACCAUCAGGAGUCCCUGUGCUCCGAAAUGGCGCGGGAAUUGUGUCGCGCGUUGCGCUGCAAUGCGUCGUCGCGGCGCCGACGCGCUUGCGAGAAAUGCUCGACCCACGUGCUCGGCUACACGCCGGACAACCCUACUGCCACCCCCUUAAACGGGAUGAGAUCGCAGAGAAGCAGUCUGAGCGUUCCCACGGUCGAACUGCCGCAACACAUCCACAUGCAUCAUCACGGACCACCGCUGCCGCCGGGCCACGACUAUGACGGGACUUAAAGCUCAUGAUCCGCUUUGCACUCUUUUUGUGAUCACUAUUUAGGGCCUAACGGGAGCUAGACAAGAACGAGGACGGAACGAGAGGAUCCAGAAGAGGAGUAAAUGAAGAAGAAAGUACAAAAACGCAUCAAGUGGCACCGGACGGACCGAGAUAUCGACCAGUUUCAUUUUCCUUUUUUCAUCUUUAAAUAGAGAUCGAGGGUAGAAUACCGCCGCGAGUGUCACACACAUCGAGGAUAUCACCGAGAAUGAGUAACUGCACAAUUUCCUCCAAGCAAAAUUUCCUAUUUCAAAGAACGGGCUCAGUUCACUUUACUGAUCCGAGCAGUAGAAGAUGCACCGAGAUUGUUCGCACACGUUCACACGGAGGGAGACAGCGGUGAGACGCGAUCUCCUCGCGUCUCGGAACUUCUUCACCCGAUUUCUCACUUCUAUCGCGUAGAAAUAUCGAGGUAUUCGUCACACGAAGCAACAGCCAGGGGAAUCCGUGUCUCUACCGGCAAGCGAUUAAUCAGACCCGAGAAGAAAACAUCGUGUUCCUCGAAUUUUUCAAGACGGAGAAACGUGGAACGAGAGAUGAAACGGCUGAGGCGAACACGCGAGCCUCGAGCACCUUUUAAAGGCUAUUGGCUCGCACGACUAAUCAUCGACAGAUUUCAGCGAAAAACGUGCCAGUGCUCGGGAGGGAAAAAGAAAUGACACUUUCACGGGUUUUGUUCGAGUACCAGUAAAAUGGUAAGUCACGGCAAGUGUUCAGUCGUAGAAAUCGUGUGAACCAACCGGAUCGAAGUUUAUUUAAUGAAAAGAUUAUGACGAGUCAGGAAUUUUAAACUCUCAAUUACACGGAAUUUGGUUUAUAAUACGGGUGUUGUCCCUUCAAAAAUUUGUCUAAUCGUCAAUUUGUACACAUCGCCGCUUGUCACUUAAAAAUAAAAGUUGCUGAGAAUCAGAAUCAGACGAGAUUAUGCAACUACGUAACUGCCAAAUGUAUUCCCUGUUUAGUUUCUUAAAAAAAAUUCGAUGUUUCCAUAAUGUCAAAAAUUUCUUAUAGUUUAAACGAUAAAUACUACUUGAUUCUCAGUUUGGAAAUCGCAAAAUUAACAUUUACAGAACGAUUUCACGUUUCAUAUAUCACAUUUUAUAUAGUAUAAUUCUGACCGACGACCAAGAUGAUAUUUAAGAGAAAGAAGAAAACGGAUUACGACACGUUUGACGAUAUUUGCACAUGUUUUGACACACUAGACUAGACUAGACUUUCGUGUAAAAUACCGCGGCGGCACGCGCGAAAGUAGAUCCCGUUUGUGAGUAUUUUAAGAUAUUAAAAGAAAAAAAAAAUACAGGAGGCGAGAGUAAAACUGUUUAGCGUUAAAACGAAUGGCGAAUGAAAAAAAAAUGCGAGUACAACCAAGUAGACGUUUGGUGUCAUUUCACGUGUGUAUAAUGCAGAUUAGAAUGGCGAAAUAAACUAUAAAACGUGACGACGGACA